UAACAUGAGGAGUGUGACAUUCAGCACGUGAAUCAAGUUAAACUGAUGUUUCAGACCAUUACCGUUAAAUACAACGUUAUGUACGCUAGAACAACACAUUGAUAUAUGUUAUAAUACCUUCAUAAAACACACGGCGAUCUAACAAUUUGACAAUUGUAUUUAACACUAAUAAUAAUAAUAAUGAAUUUUAUUCCUUUAGCUGUGUCCAUAAAAAAUUCAGUCAAACUGUUCUGCAAUGGCAACAUUAUCAACAGACAUUUGGCGUUUUAUGCAUGUAGAGUGUAUGUACCAAAACUAACAUUACAGAAACCAGCUUUCUGCAAAUAUUUCUCAAAAUUAUCGCACCAAAGUGAGGAAAAAGGAAACCCGAAACAUUCAUCCUGUAACGGCUAUAUUGAAGCUAGUGAUAAUGAAACUUUGGAUGUUGUGUCUAAAAACGUGCUCAUUUAUCCAGAUUUCAUCUCUGCUGAAGAAGAAAAGUUUAUCUUGGAUGAAAUUGAACCAUACAUGAAACGACUUCGCUACGAAGUAGACCACUGGGAUGAUGCCAUUCAUGGGUACAAAGAGACAGAAAGGAAACAAUGGAACACGAGAAACUCGGCCAUUCUGGAAAGAGUUAAACAGCUGGCAUUUCCCAAAAAUAUACCACAGCUUGCCUAUGUACACGUCCUGGAACUUUCUAAAGAAGGCUAUAUCAAACCCCACAUAGAUGCCGUUAGAUUUUGUGGUAAUACAAUUGCUGGAAUGAAUCUGCUGUCGGCAGCUGUUAUGAAGUUUGUUCAUGAAACGGACAAGAACAAAUCAGCCAAAGUUCUGCUCAAACAACGAUCACUUUACAUAAUGAAAGAUGCUGUCAGGUAUCACUACACCCAUGAAAUUCUCCCUGAAAAAGAAUCAUAUUUUCGAGGCGAAGUUGUGCCAAGGGACAGGCGCAUUUCAGUGAUAUGCCGCAAUGAGCCAGAUCCUAGCCUUAAUAGCUGACGAAAACUGUGUGCUAUGGUAGUCUGCAGUGAUAAUGCAGGAACUGUUACAAAGAGUGCCAUAAUUAGAUUUCAUUAUGAAUGUUUACUACUCUGUUAGAUGAAUUCAGAUGUGCUUAAUAUAAAAAACGUUAAAGCAGCAGGGUGAAAUACAAUUUUAUUUAGGGGAUAAUACCACAGUGUUUCGUGGUUAACUAUAACAGUUUAAUGCAAAAUUAGAUGGCAGGGCUUCCAGAUUAUGGUAGUCCCACUCCCAUGGCUAGUGAUAUUCAAUGUUGGGCUAGUAAAUAACUGCUAUUGCCAUGCCUCAUGGCUAGUGAAAAACAUUUGUCAAAUGUUGCAGUUAAGUCUA